AGGUCAAUUGAUCAAAGUCUUGUCUAGAAAAAAGUUUGCACUUUUCUCUCAGCUUUUCCUUCCUCUCUACUUCAGACUGGAGACUAAACUUGGCCAAAUUAGAGAGAGAGAGCAAGCAGAAAAUGUGCAGCAAGAAUAGCCCUAUCAGGCCAAGAAAACCAGCAAAAAAAGCUACAGUUUCUCCAAAGAAAUCAGCAAGAAAAACAAGAACCAAAACAAGAAAACCAAAAUAUCUUUCUCUGAAACUUCAGUUAUCUCCCCACAAGAAAACACAAACCCCACCAAAACCCACCAAAAUGCCCCAUAAACAACAGCUGAAUCUCUUCCCUCUCCAUCCAGAAAACCUUGUACACGAUAAAGACUUCCACGACGUCGAUCAAGUCUCCGAUCAUGUCGCUUUUCUCUUCGAUACAGCCACCGACACUUCCACCUCUCUCCACGGCAUUCUUGACUCAACCACCACCACCACGACCCCAACCACCACAGCCACAACCACCUCGGAGGAGGGUCCGCUAUCUCCUUCGCUAACUUAUGUAUAUAGAGGACAUGACAGCGAAGAAAGGUGUAGUGGGAUGGUCAGCUCGCUUGUAAAGGCGGCGAUGAAGUGCAAAGAAAGGGAAGCUAGUGGAGAGAGAUGGGUGAGUUACUGGGAGGUGGUGGAGAAGAAAGAGCAAGAGGAAGUGAGUAGUUGUUGUGCUGCUGCUGAUUCCUUGGAGAAGAUGGUGCAGGCGCAAGGAGAAUACAAGAAAGGGUUAGUGGGUUUGAAGCUUGAUUAUCAAGGGAUCAUGAAUGCUUGGUCUGAUAAGGGCCCACUUUACAUAAAAGGAGAAGAAUCCCCACAAACUGUACCCGACUUGCAUGAAGGUUCCAACUGGUUAGUGGCAGGAUGGACAGUGCCAGAUAUAAAGAGCGGGGAGAAAUUAGGGCAAAGAGAAGCUAGUGUGUUGAGAUACAAGGAGAAGAGGCAAACCAGACUCUUCGCUAAGCGAAUUCGAUAUCAAGUUCGAAAACUUAAUGCUGAGAAGCGUCCUCGUUUGAAGGGUCGAUUCGUGAAGAGAAAUGGAGAGGAGUAGGUUAACCAUGCACAAUAUUAUAUUAUAAGUUGCUUGCUGCCAAGAAGAGCAUGGUCUGUAGAUUAUUUAAAUUUCUUUGUUAUAUGUUAGAAGGUCAGGCUGCUGGAUGCAAAGUCAUUAUAAGAACAAAAGAGGACCCAAAAGAGAUGAACAAAGCUGUAAUAAUAUUGGCUGCAGGAUGAAACUGGUAAGAAAAUGCCAUGUUUCGAAAUAAUUUCUUUUAUUUUUUAUUGAUAAAACUCCUAUUAUAUUUCUACAGUUUUAAACAAUACCUCAGUAGGUUUUAAAUAAGAUAUUCCCCCUGUUUUUAUAUUAAGUGCAUAAUUUAACAGCCAAAUGAUCUCUUAAUACUUGUUCCUUAUGCUUGCAUAUGUAAAUACUCCCUCUGUCCAUUGUAUAUAUAAAAUACUCUAUUUUUUUA